AUGAACCAGAACCCCUUCUAUUCUUUUCCGUCGCGGCCUGACUACCAGGGCCUGCUGGUGCCCCAAACGCCUUCGACUCAACGCACACAUUACUAUCCCAAUGCCUAUUCUUUUCCGCAACAGCAACAACCAGCUGGUCAGCAAUGGCCCCCCUUCAAUUCGCAAGCGGAAGGGAGCAGUCCUCUUCCCAACUCGUCUCCAGCCCAUUCGGAUGUUGCACCAUCCUCCGACGCAAUCGAAACGCCCACCCGGUCAACCCUAACUCGAACUCCAUCUCCUGCUCCCACUCAAACCGCUGGCAAGAAAGCUCGUAGCCGGGUGACAAAGAAGAACCCUGUCUUCGGCGAAGUCCUGGGCGCAUGGCGAGGUUCCAAGAAGCUGUCAAUCCUGCGUAACAAAGCGCUUCGAGAGAAGGCGGAGGGUAGGAAGGAGAUCAGUGCUCGUUUUCUUCGGCUGAGCCAUGAUAUCAUUGAGCGGUGCGAACGUUUGGCAUUCGAAACGGGAGCAUGGCUUCAUCUCUCUGUCCAGCAUCGUUUUGCCACCGAUCCAUUCUUGCAUUAUACAUCACCUGCUCUUUUGAAGGAGGCCACAGAUGACAUGAACCGCAUCACCAACGAUUUUAGCAAACUUUUCAGGACGCUCAUGGCUGCUCGCAACGAAUCAACAAAGGAACUGCACAAGCAACUCACAGCAGCCAAGGAGAAGGAGCAUCAAGCCACAGCAGCAUUGGAUGAAUUGAGGGCUGCGCAGGAAGAGGCGGAGAGGCGUGCCGAGACGCAUGCUGAAGUUCUGCGUGCCAAGGAAAUGGAACUCGAAUCUUACAAGAUUCAGUUGCGGAUGGUGACUCAGAAAAAGUAGAAUACUUAUCAAUGUCAUUUCUUGUCCUCUAUUUUAAUAUAGUUCUAGCCCUUGUCAAUCAUGAUGCUUCCAG